UCAGGCGUUGCGGGGCGAAAGGAAGCGGAGCCCCCAAAUCCUCCGGCCCCAACCGAGUUCAGAGAUUGGCAGAAGCACACGCAUCCCCGAUGUUCCUGAGCCCUACCGCAACCCAGAGCAGACAUCGGACCCCCCGAAGUACCCCCUCCAUCUUUGGAACACGCUAGUAAUUCACUGAUAACAGGAAGUUAUGAGGGACCCUGUGAGUAGCCAGUACAGCUCCUUUCUUUUCUGGAGGAUGCCCAUUCCAGAACUGGAUCUGUCGGAGCUGGAAGGCCUGGGUCUGUCAGAUACAUCCACCUACAAGAUCAAGGACAGCAGCGUUGGCAAAAUGACGGGGCAAGCAACCGGAGCGGAGCAGGAGAAAAACCCUGAAGGCGAUGCCCUCCUUGAGUACAGCACCUUCAACUUUUGGAGAGCUCCCAUUGCCAGCAUCCACUCCUUCGAAUUGGACUUGCUCUAAGCUCAAGACCUCUCUCCCACCACCUUGCCCUCCUUUCCUGCCCUUUCAAGCCCCUCCUUUCCACCCUUUUACCCUAUCAGUCUUGCUCUCUCCCCUCUAUUGUGUUGAGGUGGUGCUGAUGAAUCUGCCAGAGUUGUGAUUUAUUUAUUUAUUUUAUUUAUUUAUUUUAUUUAUUUAUCUAUCUUUCUUUCUUACCAGUUUCUCUCAAAAACCCUCAAGCCACAAAGUAAAGGGUUCAAGCAAUGGAGUACUGGGUCACAGGGAUUCCUUUCCUCUCCCCCAGAUAUUAAUUCCAGAAAACAGGCCUGAUGAGGGCACCAGAGAGUAGUAUGAAGUGCAAAAUGGAGGACUGAUUUUUUUACUUCAUUUUAAUCAGCUUCAGAGAUUGCUCAAACCUUCCUAAUUUCUUGCUCCAGGCCAAUAAACACAAAUAUUUUUUCAAGGGUUGAUGAAAACCCUGUAAGUUUUAGUUUGAGAUUAUCUGCUAUAAGACUGUAGGAUUUCUAAAAGGCUAAGGUGAUCCUGCUCCUUCUUGUAAUACACUUUUUCUCAGAGAAAUUGGGGAUAAAAGGUUUAAAACAAGAGGAAAUAAUACAUCAUGGGAGAUGACAAUAGGGGAAAGCACUGAAUCAUUUCAGAAAUAGCUAUGCUCUCUCAAAAGAGUUUUCCUUCUUCAAGCUUACUUUACAGUUUUGCUCCUGUGGGCUGAAAACUCUAGCUGAGGAAAACCACUGGGAUUUCAAAUCUUAAAAUGCAAUCCUGCUGUCUGUUAUGAUAAUUUGUAGGGUUUUAUUCAGUUUCUAAAAGGCCUAGGGUUUGGUCCUUAGUGCUUUAGUUUUGCCCUCCUGCAUUUGCAAUGUAGAAUAAUGAUCAAAUUGGGCCUCAGGCACAGUUCUUCAGCUACCUUGAUACCAUGAAAUGAACAAUCAACUCUGACCCUACACCUUGUCUCCACUCCUUCCAAAAUUAUUGCUGCUGAUUUGUGCUGCCAUUUAAUCACUUCUUUAAUAAAGACAUUCAAUCCCAGGA